AUGGCAGAAACAAAUCUCAGCCAUGUGAAGGAAUUUAUUAUUUUGGGAUUCUCUGACUUACCCAAUCUUCAAGAUAUUCUGUUUGGUAUUUUCUUAUACAUUUACAUAAAUACCCUGAUUGGGAAUGGCCUUAUUAUUGUAAUUACAAAAUCUGAUGCAGCUCUACAAACCCCAAUGUACUUUUUUCUUGGAAAUUUUGCCUUUUUGGAAAUCUGCUACACAUCAGUCACUCUUCCUAGAAUGCUUUCAGAUAUUUGGACUCAGAACAAAAAUAUUUCUUUGUUGGCCUGUGCUGCUCAACUUUGCUUCUUUCUUAUUCUGGUAGUCACUGAGAGUCUUCUCUUGACUGUGAUGGCAUUUGACCGGUAUGUGGCCAUCUGUAAGCCACUCUAUUAUACUGUUAUUAUGAACCACAAGAUGUGUGUCCAGCUAGUGGUUGCCUCCUGGAUCACUGUAGUACCUAUCAUGGUAGUACAAACAUUCCAGGUCUUCUCAUUACCCUUCUGUGAUUCUAAUAUACUUAAUCAUAUUUUCUGUGACAUGCCACCAUUAAUGAAGUUAGCCUGUGGGGACAAAUCUUGGAAUGAAGUCUUGGUCUAUGCAGAGGUUUCCUUAUUUGGUUUUAUUCCCUUUCUGUUGAUACUUUACUCCUAUAUCAGAAUCUUCAUUACCAUUCAAAAACUUCCAUCAGCAAUAGGAAGAUCCAAAGCCUUCUCUACUUGCUCCUCCCACCUCAUGGUUGUGGGGUUAUUUUAUGGGUCUGGUAUUAUUGCAUAUUUACAACCUAAGACCAGCUGCCUGGCAGGGAUGGAAAAAAUGCUUUCUCUUUUCUAUACCAUUAUAACUCCCAUGUUUAAUCCACUGAUUUACAGCCUUAGGAACAAGGACAUCAUUAUGGCAAUGAAAAAAUUAUUAUCUAAAUGA